AACAAUCACAUACAUAUUUACAAAUAAUAGAUUUCCGAGCAAUCCAAGUCUCAAGGAGAAGUGGAUCGAGGCAUUAGUGACUUUGAACAACCAAGAAAGUGCACGAAAUGUGCCGAAAAGUAGUCGCAUCUGCAUAUUACACUUCACAUCAGAGUGUAUAGAACGUUUUGGUUAUAAUCAACUUCGAUUAAAACCAAAUUCUGUUCCAUCCAUUUUUCCACGUGCCCAAGAACAAACGAUUGAAAUAUUACCAGCUACACCAGAAAUUCCAUUGUUAAAUACAGAUGUGAUUGAUAAUCAAUGCCUAACUGAAUCGGAACAUAUUGAAACUGUAGAAGUAACGACAGAAAUAUCCACAAAAAAUCAAGAUCUUAAUCCAAAAAGAAAGGAACCUGCAAAUAACCUGAUGCCAAUAAGUUUGAACACUGAAAUGGAGAUAGAAACGCCAUUACUGCAUACAACAUCUAACAUUUCAACAAAGAAAUUUCGAUAUCCUGGUGAUAUACCGGAUGCAGAUCUAUUAACCCCGAGGGAGAAGACUAUGUGUAUAAACGUAUUAAAGCAUGCAUGUCAGAAAAAAGAUAAAAUAAUAAAUAGAUUAAGAGUUCAGCACAUCCGCCAGAAAAGAAAAAUAAUAAACUUACAAGAGCUAUUAACCGAAUUAAGACAGAAAUUUGAGUUGUCGGAAAAUGUUCAAAAUAUUGUACAGGUAAAGAGUAUAUUUUUGAAUAGAAAAAUCACAGCAAAAUGAUCUUGGUUUUGUUAGAAGUAUUGAAAUCUUAGCUUCUAACAAAAUCAAGAACAUCUUGCUGCAAUUUUACAAAUAUAUUCAUUAUUUCAUUGAUCUGGGCUGCUUUCGCGAGAAAAUUAAAAU